ACAAGCAGAAGCGAGCCAGCUGGUCACCAACAACAACAACAACAACAACUUCCGGGUUAGGACGACGUCGGCAGCCCAAAGCAAUCGAACGAUUCCUUGCUGGUUUUCACCGCGCUUCGCCGCCGCAGCUUUUGGUUGUGGAAUCGGUUGAGGUGCAUCAUCGCCAUCCACUGGACAAUCGAUGUACUGGUACAGUAAAACGGCUUCGUUUUAAUACAAAUUUGAGUUGAUAUGUGAUUUCUUGAAAGUGGGUGCAAUCUAAGAACCUUUAAGAUGCCCCACCAACAACCUGCUCCCGUUUUAGAGCUUGCCGCACUCAGAACCACCAAGCUUCUCCUAUGAGGUUGUUUCCUGGCACACAUUGCGAACCACAUGUCAACUUAAUCCACUUCCCCUCACUGGGGAUUGUUUUUUGCGGUCAAAGGCUUAUCUCUUGUUUAGCUGAGAGAAAUUCUCAACAAACAGCAUCCAAACAGUCGAAUCUUCUCAGAAGGCAGGCAGGACAGUGAGCGUGAGUUGCACUGCAAAAGUUCUUCUUUAAGGAGGGGGGCCCAGAGGGGGGCAUCCGUAGAAAAUGAACCGCUACACUAUGCUCAAACAGCUGGGGGAUGGCACCUAUGGGAGCGUCAUCCUGGGCAAGAGCAAUGAGACUGGCGAGCUGGUUGCCAUUAAGAGGAUGAAAAGGAAGUUUUAUUCUUGGGAGGAGUGCAUGAAUCUGAGGGAGUUGAAGUCGCUGAAGAAACUAAACCACCCCAAUGUAAUAAAACUGAAAGAGGUGAUAAGGGAAAAUGACCAUCUCUUCUUUGUCUUCGAGUACAUGAGAAAAAACCUGUACCAGCUCAUGAAUGAGAGGAACUAUGCAAUGUUCUCCGAAAACGAGAUCAGGAAGAUCAUGUUUCAAAUGUUGUCCGGCUUAGCUUUUAUGCACAAACACGGGUAUUUCCACCGUGACAUGAAACCGGAGAACUUGCUCUGCAUUGGUCCGGAAUUGGUUAAGAUAGCAGAUUUUGGGCUCGCCAGAGAAAUCCGCUCUCAACCGCCAUACACUGAUUACGUGUCCACCAGAUGGUACCGAGCUCCCGAAAUCCUGCUCAAGUUCACCUCGUACAGCUCACCCAUCGACAUCUGGGCAGUGGGCUGCAUCAUGGCGGAGCUGUACACACUGCGCCCCUUGUUUCCUGGCAACAGCGAGGUGGACGAGAUCUUCAAGAUCUGUCAAGUUCUGGGAACCUUGAAGAAGGCAGAUUGGCCCGAGGGCCAUAAUUUAGCCAGCUCGAUGAACUUCCGCUUUCCGAAAUGCGUCCCUACCUGCCUCAGCUCUCUGAUUCCCAAUGCCAGCGAUGAAGCCAUCACACUGAUGAAAGACAUGCUGCAGUGGGAUCCCAAGAAAAGGCCAAAUGCCGCUCAGGCGCUGCGGUAUCCCUACUUUUAUGUGGGUCAGUCGCUUGGCGUCCCGCUGAAGUACUCCAAGCAGCACAAGUUUCAGUUCCAGGAUGCCAAAGGAGUCGCGGAAGAAAAAGCGGUGUGGAAGGCAAGCAAGUUGUCUCAGGAGCCCAAAAAGACCCAAGCGGAGUCACAGAGCAGCAGCCAAGCGCUCCAGCAGCCCCUUCAGCCCAUCCAACCGUCCCCGCAGACCGCCGACACGCAACAGCAAGCUUGUCCUAACUUGCUCCCGUCAGAGGAACAGCAGGAACCUCUCAGCCUUGUUAAAAACCGCCAGCCGAUAGCUCCCACCAAGCCAGCGAGCACGGGGCCAGGGAAUGCCGUGACCAGAGCGAGGGCCGGACGAAGGCGAUGGGGUCAAACGGCAAUCAAAUCAGUCGACAGCUGGGAUGCCGCUGAGGAGGCGGAUGUCGGAGUUUCCAUCUCCAAAAAACCCACCAUCAACUCUUUGGGUGAUGAAGCCCUUGACGUCUCCGGCGCUUGUGUUCCAGUGCCAAAGACCUCGAUACCAGGAAAGCCCGCAAGCAGCAACGGGCCGGACACAAGUGACUCCACAAUCUUGUCUGCCAAGCAACACUACCUACGGCAGUCCCGAUACCUACCGGGUAUAGAUCCAAAAAGAAGAUCUUCAACAGGGAAUCGGGCAGUCUGCAAAAGCUUGUUGGACAUCUUGGGCUUAGCUCAAAGACAGGAACUGGAGCUCCCCGUUCUUAAAGACUCCUUCAUGUCCAAGACAAAUAUUUCACCUCUCGAGAAGUCCGAAGCCAAAGACACGAAGCAGAUGAGUCAACUGGCGCAGAUUGGAGGCCCCUCCGCUGUUGACCUGUCAACCCCUGCUGAUCUCAGGAUUGACUCCAAAGUCAAACUGUCCAAGAGCACCAUCUUCUCCACCAAAGAUAACCAGCUCGACCACGAUGACUUCCGCGCUCCUCCAAUCCCUUGUCCCUGUCCCAGUGCCAGUUUCUCCGGAACGAACACCUUCUCCAGAAACACAAACAUCCCGCCGGUUCACGGCCGGGUAGACUGGACCGCCAAAUAUGGAGGCAACCGAUAGAAGUGGAUUCAAAAAUGCAUGGAUGGAAGCAAUGAAUCAGCGGCGGCAUGGUCAUCGGCUGGUUAGCACGUCGAGGUACAGGCUUCAAUUCCGGCUGGGGUCUUCCUCUGUGGAGGGGAAGUACCCCCCCCCCCCCCCCAUGCCUGCGCUGGUUUCCUCCCACAUUCCAGUAACGUGCACGGCAGGUUCACAGACCACUCGAAAUUGUCCCGAGGUGUGAUUGUGAGCGCGAAUGGUUGCUUGUCUAUGUGUGCCCUGCGAUGUGCUGGCAGCCCAUUCAGGGUGUCCGCCCCCCCCCCCACUCCCGCCUACUACCCAAAGACGAUUUGCGAGCGGCGCCAUCACGCCCGCGACCCUCCUGAGGAGAAGCGGAUUCGAAAAAUGAUGAAUCCACUUCCCUGAAAAGGUUGAAGACUUGUAAGAUUGAAGACGAUUGACGUCUUUGUACUUUUGAGAAUGAACUCUCCCAUCGAGCACGUGCAUCUUACCGGGCGGUUGUUGAAAGAAUAUUGUGUGAGCUUCGCUUGUCUUUUCUUGACAAUUUGCAAGUCACUCCCCAUCAGCUAUCCAAAAAAUAAAGAAAUUAUGAAACU